AUGCAAAAGUACCAAUCCCGCAACGUCCUUGGCCUCGCUAUAUUCCUCGUGUCAUGUAGCGCAUGCAUCGGCAAAAAAAAGAAGACAAGAGGCUGCUUCAACGUGAUCGCAAAUUUGCGCCACGCUGACUCAAUCGCGUCGCCAUGCACGCACUCAAACCCUGCAUCGCACGAUCAUCCUCACGACUCUUCAACACAAUUGUCGUUCACCGACGACAACAUGUAG